UGGGACCGGGUCGGGCUGUCGGUGGCUGGCGUUGCGGGGACAGGGACCAUGGCUUGGGGCGAGUUCAACCUCCUGCGGUGGCUCCGGGAGGGCCGGCAGUCCAGGAAACUCAUCCUGCUGAUCGUGUUCAUCGCCUUGCUGCUGGACAACAUGCUGCUCACGGUCGUCGUGCCAAUAAUUCCCAGUUACCUUUACAGCAUCAGACAUGAGAAAAAUGCCACAGAAAUCCAGACUCCUAAGCCUAACGUAGUCUCAACCAUGACGGACAAUUUUCAGAGCAUCUUCUCCUACUAUGACAACUCAACAAUAGUUACUGGAAAUGAAUCUGAUAAGGCACAACCCGGAGACUUGCAUCAUACUCAGACAGAACAAAUGAUAGUAAAUGUGACUCCUUCCCCAUCCGACUGCCCUAAGGAAGAUAAGGACCUGCUGAAUGAAAAUGUUCAAGUCGGUCUCUUGUUUGCUUCCAAAGCAACAGUGCAGCUGAUCACUAACCCCUUCAUAGGGCCACUGACAAACAGAAUAGGCUACCAGAUUCCACUGUUUGCUGGCUUCUGCAUCAUGUUUGUGUCAACAAUCAUGUUUGCUUUCUCUGGAAGCUAUGCAUUGCUGUUUAUUGCCAGGUCCCUUCAAGGAGUGGGUUCCUCUUGUUCUUCAGUGGCAGGGAUGGGCAUGCUAGCCAGUGUGUACACAGAUGAUGAAGAGAGAGGCAACGCAAUGGGAAUUGCACUAGGAGGCCUUGCUAUGGGAGUAUUAGUGGGGCCACCUUUUGGGAGUGUCAUGUACGAGUUUGUGGGGAAGAGCUCUCCUUUCCUGGUGCUGGCAGCACUGGCUCUGCUGGAUGGAGCUGUUCAAUUAUUUAUUCUGCAGCCAUCCAGAGCACAAGCAGAAUGUCAGAAGGGGACACCGUUGCUGACCCUGCUGAAGGACCCAUAUAUCAUUAUUGCAGCAGGAUCUAUCUGCUUUGCAAACAUGGCUAUUGCUAUGCUUGAGCCAGCUCUGCCCAUCUGGAUGAUGGAGACAAUGUGUUCACAAAAAUGGCAGCUUGGCAUCGCUUUUAUUCCAGCUAGUAUCUCUUAUCUCAUUGGGACUAAUCUUUUUGGGAUACUUGCACACAAAAUAGGAAGGUGGCUUUGUGCUUUACUUGGGAUGCUCAUCGUGGGAAUAAGUAUUUUAUGCGUACCAUUUGCUAAAAACAUUUAUGGGCUCAUCGCACCAAAUUUUGGAGUUGGAUUUGCCAUUGGAAUGGUGGACUCCUCCAUGAUGCCAAUUAUGGGCUACCUGGUAGAUCUGCGCCACGUGUCAGUCUAUGGCAGCGUGUACGCAAUAGCUGAUGUUGCCUUCUGCAUGGGCUUUGCCAUAGGUCCUUCUGCUGGUGGUGCCAUUGCAAAGGCCAUUGGAUUCCCAUGGCUCAUGACAAUUAUAGGGAUUGUGGAUAUCCUCUUCGCUCCCCUCUGCUUCUUCCUUCGAAGCCCACCUGCCAAAGAGGAGAAGAUGGCAAUACUCAUGGAUCACAACUGUCCUGUGAAAACCAAAAUGUACACCCAGAACAACAUCCAGUCCUACCCCAUAGGUGAUGAAGAAGAGUAUGAAAGUGAAUAACAUGAAAAGCCAUAGGAUAUAUUCUGGUGUACAAAACACAGUGUUUCAUGUGAAACAUCUCAUCCAGAAAUAGGUUUUAGUUGUACUGUACAUUUAAUAGUGAAAUGGUCAAAAAAACCAAAGGUAUAUUAUUCAUUGCCCAUGGUUCUAAAGCAGACUGCUAACUGCCUUAUAAAGAGGUGAAAAGCUUUUUAUAGAGGAUUUGUAUAGUGUUUAUCUUUAUUUUGUGUAUUUAAUUUUAUUGAAUAUUACACUAUUUUUUCUUAAAUGUGUAGCAUAAAUCUGUCUAGAUGUGAAUUCUAGCUGUUUGGUUUUUGAAGUUAACUCAUUGAUGUAAAACAUUUAAUAUUUUGUUUGGAGUCAUGUUAGUGCCAAGAGCUUGGGUCUUUCUUACCUAAUUGGAAGGAAAAAACCCAAACCCAAAGCUCAAAGACGACUUUUCCAAUUUGCAUAUUAUUAAAUUAUAUCAUUGUAAGUAGAAUUGAGAGUCUAGAUAUCACUGUCACUUUUUUGAUCAACUUUAGGUCAAAAAUUACAAAAGGCACAACUUAAUUAAAAAAAAAUGCACCUGGAAUGCUGGGGAAAACAGUAUUUAUUUCAAACAAACAAGUGUAUUGCUAUUAGCCAGUAUUAGUUAAUGAAGUUUUAAUUAGUCAACGAGUUGUGUGAUAUGAAGUCCCCAAAAAAAACACACCACCAGGUAAACAAGAAGGUAUGAAUGUGCUCAGUUCCUUUCCCUUAAAGGGAGUAAGAACAGCAUGAAGAUACUGUUUAUAUUUCUAUCUUUUGAAUCCUUUAUUUUUAAUAUCUCAACUUCAUUUUAGGUGCAUCUCAAGGGACUGGUUAAGAAAAGCUGCAGUAUCACAGUAUUUAGUCUUAGCAUGUGCUGAAGGUAAGGUGGUAACUUAAGCAGGUCAAACAAAAAACAAUUUUUCAUGCAUUCUCAUGCACAUCUAGAAAAUCAACACCUGUUUAUUUUUUAAAAAUGAGUUAAAAUACCGACUUUGCUAAAAAAUAAUGAGAAAAUAGACUAGUUUGUUGCCAAGAUCUCUAAACAUUUGAGGAUGCAGUCUAACACGGGUGAAGCACUAUAUCAGGCAUCUGCACUGAGAGCAAUCAUAGAAUGGUUUGGGUUGGAAGGGAUUUAGAAGAGCAUCUUGCUCCAAACCCCCUUGAAGGACAGUGAAACCUUCCACUAGAACAAUCAGACCUAGAAAGGAAGCAUUUUAAAGCAAUCCCAAUGUCCUUAUCAACUGUGGUGUAUCUUUUUUAAUUUGUAAAAUUAAAAUCUUCAUGUGCCUUCUUUUGUGUAAUUGCAGAUGUUUGAUGUACUACAGCAUAGAUACUAUGUUUACAUAUAGUUUUGUAAAGUGUAUAUACUAUGGUGAAGAUACCAAAAAAAAAGAUAUAGUGGAUCAAACUUCAAGUAUUGCUUUGUCAAUAAUGAUGCAGUUAGACAGCAUUAAAAUAAAGUUAUCUGAAAGAAGUUAAUGAUCUAUUGUAAUAAAGACAAUUCAAAAAGAAA